AUGUCCUUUAUGUUGAAUAAUCCAGGUCGAUGGAUUACAGUCGGCCCGCCUGACGCACCAAAGUUCAACGCGAACAGGACGCACAACCGACCCUGCCUUACGUGGAAGGAAAACACGUACGAGCAGAUGAGGCUGGACUGGAACCCCAGCAUGCCGUUCGGGUGGUUCCCUCCGGGUUACACAUUCGAAAACCUCACCCUUGAGUUGUUCCACUCCGAGCAGGCUCCCUUCAAGUGGCCCUUGGCCCGUGAAUGCGAUGAACCAUUCACGCAACACCGUGUUUACGAAAUCGUUUUACUGGCCUUGAGAGACGCCCGGGAGUGGGUCAGGCGAAACCGUCCACAAGAACUCGAGUUUGCUCACCCAGGGAGUGAAAGUCUGCGUGAUAUCUAUUGGUUCGCGGAGGCACUUUGGGCGGCAAUGACCGAACUCAAAGUGUGUCGAGAGCACACUCCCCUCGCGUGGCCCAUGGUUGUCUCCAUGAUUUACCGAGAGAAGAUCAUUCGCGCCAGGGUGGGGCGGUCAGGCUACACCGCUCAGCAGGCCAAUGAUUUCGUACCCCUGGUCGAUCACCCGAUCACAUGGGACAUUUUCACGCGCGAAGCCAACUGGGCGCAAGGGUAUUGCCGAUGCAUCCACAAAGGCAUGAUGGACGAGGUCAACUGA